AUGCUGCCAGGCGCUUCAGAUCGCCUCGGGGCGCAGCCCAGCGAGCAGCUGGGGCUCCUUUUCGAGCCCGAGGAAUUCGCGUGUGAGGUCAAGCGCAGGCUCUUCAUGCCCGUGUACGAGACUGACCACGUCCGCCCUUGCUGCGAGGACGUUUGCGGCCGCCAAAAGCGGGCACGCAGGCUUGUGCGCCGGGGGCGGGAUCGUGUCCACCGGCACAACGGGGCAAAGAACGUGCUUGGCACCAUUUCCACCAGCGCGGGAGUCAACCCGACGCUCGAACAGCCUGGCCUCCUACCGCCCCGCCCAGACGACGCCCAUGCGAAUGGGCGCCAGCCUGCAGAUGUCUACUAUCCCUCCUGGCUCCAGGGGGCGCCUGCUGCCUUCGACUUCGCGGUGUCUUCGCCGCACAGGCAGUCUGCCCGUGUCCUGGCGUUCCAGGAGGUGGGGCGCGCGGCGCAGGAGUACGAGUCGGUCAAGAGGAACCACGCCACGACGAGGGUGCUGCUCAGAUCGCGCGCCCCAGUCUCCACCGUCGACCAGGAUGGUCGCACAUGCCUGCACCACUGGGCGGAGCGCGGCGAUGCAGCGCUGCAGGUACUGGGGGAUCUUCUGGAAGCUCGCGCAGAUGUGACCGCGCGGGACUACGAGGGCCUCACGCCGCUCGCGCUCGCCGCCCGCGGCGGCCGCCUGCCCGCGGUGCGGCUGUUGUGCGAGGGAGGCGCCCUCUCGGACAUCACCGGGGAGGGCGGCCACGCGGAGGCGGCCGCGCUGGUGGCGCGCGCGGCGGGGUCGAGCAGCAGCGAGGCACAAGCAGUGGAAGUGGUCAAGUUCCUCCUGGAGAGCCGCUGCUGCCCAGCAGGCGGUGCAGCCGCCACCACGAGCGGCGUCGGCCUGAAGGCGAUGCGGGCGAUGUCGCCGCUGGUGGCCGCCGCGACACUGGGGCGCCUGCAGAUGGCGCGGCUCCUGCUUGGCGCGCGCGCGGACGCCGGCGCGGCCGACGCGGCGGGGCGGAGGCCGCUGCCCAGCGCGGCGGCGGCGGGCAGCCUGGAGUUGUGCGGGCUAUUGCUGGAGGCGCGGGCGGAGGUCAACGCGCGGGGCACCGCCGGGGCUACUACGCCGGGAGGCGACGCCCCGGGCGCCGCCGCGGGCGUCACCGCGCUGUCUAUCGCUGCCGCCGGGGGCGGCAUCUCGCUGUGCAGGGCCCUCCUCGAGGCAAGGGCCGACCCAGAGCUCGCCGACGAGCGCGGCGCCACGCCGCUGAUGGCCGCCGCCCGCGAGGGCUUCCGGGAGCUCUGCGGGGAGCUGCUGGCGGCGCGCGCCAUGCCCAGCACGCGCCCCGAGGGCAGUGGGAAGACGGCGCUUCUAUUGGCCGCGGGAGCCGGCCAUGCCGCCGUCUGCGCGACGCUGCUGGAGGCGCGCGCGGACGUCGACGAGCAGGGCUCCACUGGCGCGGGCCCGCUGCACGCGGCGGCCGCCAACGGCCACGAGGGCGUGUGCUGGGCGCUACUCGCGGCGGGCGCGGACGUGUCGGCGCCAGGCCCCGGCGGCAGGAGCGCGCCGGCGCUGGCCGCCGCGGCGGGGCUCGGCGCGCUGGCCGCGUCGCUGUCCGCGCGGGCCGCGCCUCAGGAGCGCUGCGAGAGCGAGGGUGACCGCGAGAAGCGUGGCCCGCGCGAGGCCCUCUCGGCGCCGGCGCGCCUCGUUGGCAUGCGGGCCGCGCGCGGGCGCCGCCGCGCAAAGUGCUGCCGCCUCGGGGUGGCUCUGCUGCUGCCCGCCGCCCUGAUCGCGCUGGCGGCCUCACGGGCAGCGGCGGGAGGCGGGCUCGGGCGGGCGGCGGGGGCCUGCUGGGCUGGCCCCGCUGGGUCGCGGUCGGCGGCGCGCAGAAAGUCCGAUCCUCCGCGGCGAGUUCCGAGACCUCCGCGGGGACAUCCCUGGCCGAUCCACGAUGCAGGCCACGCCAUCGGCGGCGCGGAUGCGGUUCGGAGGGCUGGGGCUUUUUCGCGGCUUUGGCGGCGGGGAGGCGGCACCCCGCGCGGGCCGCCUGCCGCGCGCUGUGCGAGGGCGGCCCGCGCAGCCGUGCCGGCGGGCCACGCGUGGUUCGUGAAGACCGAGACCUUCUCGCGGCCUUUCCCGGAGGUGAUCGGGGUUGAGGCACACCGCGCGUGGGUGGCGGCUUUGCGGGAAGAGGGCGCGGUGGUUACCAGCGGUUACCGCGUCGACUCCGAAGGCAAGCCUGGUGGAGGCGGGAUGCUAUUUUUUGCUGCACGCGAUUACGAGGCUGCGGAAGUCCUUGUGAGGAAGGACCCGUUAAUCGCGAAUGACUGUGUGGAUCAGGUCAGCUCUGCUUGCCGCCACCCCCGACCGCUGUUCGUGCACAUGGUCCUUUCAUACUUAUCUCAUGUCUGUGCCGCGUCGGCGAUCCUUGUCUUUAGCGCAUCGUGGAUAUUUCUCUGAUCGCAUGAAAUGUGUUGAAAUUCCUAUGCUUCUUGCCCCUCCUUCCUGCCAACUGCUGGAGUGCCGACGUUGCUUGGCCGUGUGGAGUGGAGGCUGCACCAGUGGAUUCCUGAAGUUGGCCGCGCCCGGUGGACAUCGUGCUGGAGUGACCUCCGCGCCGGCGCGGGGGCGCUCGCGGCCACUGCGCCAGGGAGCAGGCGAGCGGGAGGCGGCCCCUGAGGCCCUGGGCCCUUUGCUGCCUACCCGCGCGGGGCCAUGGGGGGGCGGAGGAUACAGAGAAACGCCCUGAUUGGAAGUCGGAGAUCUGAGGAGCGCAGGCCUGCGCCUCGCCCCGCUGCUCGGGGCCCGCUGCUCCGGCGUCGGGGACAGUCUGCGCUCGCGCGCAAACGCCCCGAGCGCCAGCCGGCGUGCGUCGCCCUCGCGCGCCUUGGCGGCGCCAGCAGCUCGCGGCCGCCACCAGGGCUGCAGAGAUGCCUUCCGCAAGGGCCAGCCGUGGUGCCCUCCGCUGGGGCCAGCCGUGGUGGCGCUGGCCUGCGGAGCAGGUGUGCCGUGCGGUGGGCCACCGCGGCGUUCUCUCGCCUGCCGGCGGCUGCGUGCUUUCGCCCCCGCGUCUUCUUCGCUCCGCACGGCCGUCGGCGAGGCAGAAAGGCGGCGCGCGCGCCGCGAGCCGGUCGGAGCGGUAAUGC